AGAGAGAGAGAGAGAGAGAGAGAGAGAGAGAAACAGAAGCGGAGGGAUCGACUUUCAGAUGACAUUGAGGCUAUGUAGAUGCGAGUUGGGAAUUGUGCUCCCCUCCGCGUUCCUGCUUGUUGAUGUUAGAGAGCCGCACAAGGCGAAGCUGCUCCUUCUCUGGUGGAUUCAGCACCGCCUGCCUGUGGACAGCUCCUUCUUUUCAGCACUACCUGCCUGUGGACAGCUCCUUGUGUAUUUCAGCACUACCUGCCUGUGGACAGCUCCUUUAUUUCAGCACUGCCUGCCUCUGGACAGCUCCCCGCAGCGAGGCACCUGGACUCCUGCCCCCCCCAGGACCGUUUUGGGGUUCGUUUCAAGUCUUUUAAUGGAAAUAAAAUAUAUUUAUGUUCCAAGUAACACUGGAAGUUUACAACUUGGAGAGGAAUCUACGGAUACCUCGUUGCACGACUCGCGGCCGCAAACAAAACCCCUUUGGAAGAGCUCUGGAAUUUGUUGUUAAGUGCAACUGACGAGCUGCCUGGCGCUGCUGUUCAAGCGGGGGUUAAAAAAAACACGAGAGAAAAAAAGAAAUAAAAACAUCGCGACCACAAGCUGCUAAUAAACCCAUAGAGAUGGCGACCAACGGCACCAAAAGCACGGACGGCCAGGUAGUUACGGAGCUGAACGAGGUGACCACCAACGACAGACCCAAAGCAGAAGAGAGCAAAGAGGAGCAGAAGAAGAAGAAGAAGCCUGUGCCGGACAGGGAGACGUGGGGGGGAAAGUUUGACUUCUUGCUGUCGUGUGUUGGCUAUGCCAUUGGUCUGGGCAACGUGUGGAGGUUCCCUUACCUGUGCGGCAAGAACGGAGGAGGGGCCUUCUUGAUUCCCUACUUUCUGACCCUCAUAUUCGCCGGGGUCCCCUUGUUUCUGCUUGAAUGUGCCCUCGGUCAGUACACGUCCAUCGGCGGACUCGGAGUGUGGAAGCUAGCUCCGAUGUUCAAAGGUGUUGGACUUGCUGCAGCAGUUCUCUCCUUCUGGCUUAACAUUUACUACAUUGUGAUCAUUGCCUGGGCCUUGUACUACCUGUACAACUCAUUUACAAGUGACCUUCCAUGGAAAUCAUGCAACAAUCCAUGGAACACGGAGAGAUGUUUUACAAACUACAGCAUUGCAGAUACCACCAACCUCACUAGUGCAGUCAUGGAGUUCUGGGAGCGCAACGUGCAUGACAUCACUGAUGGCUUGGAGAAACCUGGCCAGAUCCGGGUUCCAUUAGCAAUAACUCUUGCCAUUGCUUGGGUCCUUGUGUACUUCUGCAUCUGGAAAGGUGUUAGCUGGACUGGAAAGGUUGUUUACUUCUCUGCCACCUACCCCUACUUCAUGUUAUUCAUUCUGUUCAUCCGUGGGGUUACUCUGCCUGGGGCGAAAGAGGGAAUCAUGUUCUAUAUCACACCUGAUUUUGAGAAGCUCAAAGAGUCAGAGGUGUGGCUGGAUGCUGCUACUCAGAUUUUUUUCUCGUAUGGUUUGGGUCUGGGGUCUCUGAUUGCACUUGGCAGCUACAACCCUUUCAAUAACAAUGUUUACAGAGACUCCAUCAUUGUGUGCUGUAUAAACUCCUCGACCAGUAUGUUUGCUGGUUUUGUUAUUUUCUCUAUUGUGGGCUUCAUGGCUCAUGUGACAAAGAGACCCAUAGCUGAUGUAGCUGCAUCAGGACCCGGCCUGGCCUUCUUAGCUUACCCAGAAGCAGUGACGCAGUUACCCAUCUCACCACUGUGGGCUAUCCUCUUCUUCUCUAUGCUGCUGAUGCUGGGAAUUGACAGCCAGUUUUGCACUGUGGAGGGCUUCAUCACUGCUCUGGUGGAUGAAUUCCCGAGGGUUCUGAGGAAAAGACGAGAGAUCUUCAUUGCAUGUGUGUGUGUCGUGUCCUACAUUAUCGGCCUGUCCAAUAUCACACAGGGUGGCCUCUACGUCUUCAAACUGUUUGACUACUACUCUGCCAGUGGAAUGUGUCUUCUUUUCCUGGUUUUCUUCGAGUGCAUCUCUAUCUCCUGGUUCUAUGGUGUGAAUAAGUUCUAUGAUAACAUCCAGGAGAUGAUUGGAUACAAGCCCUGCUUAUGGUGGAAACUCUGCUGGGUCUUCUUCACUCCUUUGAUUGUGGCUGGAGUGUUCCUCUUCAGCGCAGUCCAAAUGGUUCCCCUCACCAUGAACAACUAUGUGUUCCCAGCGUGGGGACAAGGUGUGGGCUGGCUCAUGGCCUUGUCCUCUAUGAUCCUCAUUCCAGGCUACAUGGUCUACAUGUUCCUUAACAUGAAGGGAACAUAUAAGGAGCGGAUCAGGAUAAUGUUGCAGCCUCCGCAUGUGGUGAAGGCCCAGGAGAACGGGCCUGAACAACAACAGCAGCAGCAGCAGCAGCAGCAGCAGCAGCAACCGGCGCAACCAGCACAACCAGCACAACCAGUGCAGCAGCAGCAGGUACAGCAGCAACCGCAGCAAGCUCAACAACCCCAACAGCAGCAACCGCAGCAGCCACAACCGCAGCAGCAGCAGCAGGUUGAUAACGCCGUCCCGGCCAACCCCGGCAAUGCAGACGCCAACGUCUAAACCCUAGCUGAGAGCAAUCAAAGACGAACAAUACAGAGGACUUCCAUGUUUAUACAAUAAUAGAAUCAUCUACCUCCAGGGGCCAAACAUGAUCUAAUUCAAUCUUCAAAAAUAUAUAUGUGUGACAGUUUGACUUUCGCG